CGUUCGAAAGUCUUACACCUUGAUUAGCCUGACCCAAAUUUUCUGCGAGGUGCCACUUGAGAUGUAUUGCAUUGAAUCCUAAAUGAGAAUCAAACAACUUUGUAGAAUGACCCUUUUCUGAUGUGGUUUGAGUGUCUGUAACUUUCAUUUUGAAAAAAUUGAGGACGAUUGGAUCCUUAUUUUGAUAUACAAAUACAGAAAGCACCCAAGCAUUGGCCUCUAUCAUAAUGAGCAACAAAAAAUUGUUUCAAGGAGAUACAGCUUGGUUUUCCUCUAGUGUCUCGCAGAAAAUAAAGAAUCUGUGGAAGAAAAAUGGUGGGAACAUAUCACCCUUGGAUUCAGCAAUGUUUGUUUUCAGUCAAGAUUUCACAGCUCCAGACACAUUGCAAAUUUUCUCCAGUGAGGCUUAUUUAAAUGAACACUUGGCAGUCAUACACCCAAUGUUUAUAUCUGACAGCAUCUCUAAAGGAUCCAAAUCUGUCCUAAUGAACUACAAGCUACCCCCAGAGGAAGUGUACAAAGCAACAAGAGAGAUGAAAGUUUAUAAAUGGGAUAUUACGUCAGAAUUACAGAAUGGUCAGCAACAGACCAGAACUAGCAGACUGACUCGCAGCAAAGCCAUGUUUACUCAUGAUGAAAAUAAAGACAACAUGGCAGAUGGAUCGAAAAACAGAGAUUUGUCCACAAAAGAUAACAGCAAUACUGAACAUGAAGAAGGAAAGACAACAGAAAGUAUAGAAUCUGGUGAUGUUCUAAAGAAAGUGACAGCUGAGAUGUGCCAUAUUGAUGAUAUUCCUAAAAUAACUGGUGUAUUGGAAGAAUUUAUUCCUGGAGAAAACAAUUGUGAAGUAUUUCGGAAGUGAGCAAACAACAAAUAUGACAUGGAUAAAAUGACAGUAUUGGAGAGUUCAGGAGUGACAUACCAUAAUUCAGAUAUGGAAGUGUGAUUUCAUGCUUGGAGCAGUGUAUUGAUGCAUGGACAUAUAGUAUACUCACUGUAUGUGCAUAACUUUGUUCAGUGAAAGAGGAUGUCUUGGUGAUGUGAACUUUAUAUAGGGCAGCUACAUUGUAUAUGAAGUUUACAAAGUAUGGAAAUGUAAUUUAGGGAACAGAAUUAUUCUUAGCAGAAUAAAAUACCUCUAAUAAUGAUUAUUUCAUCAUUGUCAUCCCAUGACAAGACUCUCAUUGAUCAUCCUUGUAGUAUAGACCAAUAUCAGAGCUCUUGUUUUCAGUGAAAAAAAUACAAUGUACAAACAUGGAUGUUUUGAAAACACAACAAUUUAUUGCGGUAACACUUUUGAAACAUUUGAGGUUGGUUUUUUUUUAUAUCAGCAAGCAUGUAAUGUUUACUAGUUUUCAAAACAAAAACAAAAAAACAGUUAAAAGUGAAUGACCUAUAUUGUUUCUUUUGUUUAAAGAAGCAAAUACUGCUUGAUUAAAAAUAUUUUAAAACGUAAACAUGGAAUAGCAUUCAUUUGUCACAAAUUAUAAACUUAUAUCCAAAAGAUCUUUGAAAUUUACAACAACAACAAAAUCAUGUACCAUAACACCCUUGAAAUUUCUUGGACAGAAGAUUCUUUUUCAAAAUUGAUGUUGUAAAGUAGUAGAGUGUACUCACUACUGAUAUUUAUAGAUAUCAUUAAAGGGAAAUAUUGUA